AUGGUUUUUGGCUGCGAUCUCACUCCAGGUCCCCAUGUUCGCACAGAUCCUUCCAACGUUUUAGUACGUGGCCUAACAAAUCUGGGGCCACGGCCACUCGAUACUUGCCGGCCUGGGUCAACAGGCUCAGCGGUCAGCUCUUCUUCUGCCUUCGGUGAGAUGCAGGAUGAGGAUACUGAUGGCGAUAAAAAUGAGAAUGAGAAUAAAUUUAGUAAAAUAAAUCGAGAAUUUGAAUGCCAAAAGAUCUCGGAUAUGCAAAAAGAUGAUAAUUCUACAGAAAAUAUUGAAGCAGCUAGACAAAAUAAAGAGGAUUCCUGUAAAAGGCUUCCAGAAGAGGCUCAAAUGACUGACAAACAUGUUCCAUGCAUGCCUGGAGCUCAUAGCCGACCUAAGGUAUCGGUAGGACAAAAAACAUUCGAGGAUGGCAUCGAUGUAUUUUCCUCCUUUUCUUCCCUCUCCCCACCAAUUGCGACUGGUAUAUCUUACAAGUUGAGUACUGACUGCCAUCCACCUGCAACAUCUGUCAUUGCCGCUUCAUUUGCUGUCACAGGCACUUCCACUAACAGUGUAAUUGACCCAGAGCGACGAUCUAGCAGCGGAUUAGAACCAAAUGCUAGCGCUUGUACCGCAUUUGAUUCAAUGACCUCGGACGAAGCCUCUCCUCCACUGAAUGAAUUCUAUAGCCCACAAACAAGCGCAGCUGCUCUCUCUAUUCGAAAGGACGACACCAAUUUGUAUUUUGACCCAGCUCGACAGCAGAACGAUGGUCAGAUUGCCGUUCCAAUUUCUACUAAAUUUAUGCCUUCCACAACCAACUGUUCGAAUUCUCUUAUGGAUGGUGUGAUAGGAGCCAAUCAAUCUGACCAUGAUAUGUCAGAUGGUAGAGGGAAACAAACACUUGGAGAUCUCGGAUUGUCUGACUAUAUGACAUACGACGAAGCCAGAUCCUGUCUGCAAGCUAGACAAAGUUCUGUAUCCGGACUUACUGAUGGAGCCCUAAAAUUAGCGGGCAUUAGAAAAUGUUGGUAUUUAUUCAUUAAAAUAGUUGGUUAA